AUGAAGCCCUCAAAAUAUUCUCUCAGUUCUUGUGAAUUUUCUGCCAAAGAAAUCACGGUAGAGUUCAUCAUUGUCAAGGAAUCAUGCGACGGCUCCUCGCCGGUCAAAUCUAGACAGUCAUUCCCGGUAAAGCGCGGGGAAUUGGUGUGGGAUCGUUUGAAAGAACGCACAUACAGGCGUUUGCUCAGGAGCACAGGCAUCAGGUUAUCUCCGACGGUAAAAGCUGACCUAAUUGAACUCGUAUCCCGCGUUGCCUAUUCGUUGCCUAGUCACGCUGACCAUAUAUUUGUGUGCAUUAUUACCUCCGAACCAAGCCAUUAUGCCAAGUUUAAUGUCGUGACUGGAAUUCAUGUUGAUGAAGAUAAGGAGGUUUCCUGGGAUACUGUGGAAAACCCUCUUCUUCAUGUGUUACAAGCCUGCAAACCACCUAUCCCAUGCUUGAAGAAGGUGAAGAUUGACGAGGAUAAUGUGGGUUCUAAUGAAGCCUUGUGCUGUGCAAUUUGCUUACAGGACUUCUCUGCUGCGUCUGAAGCUGCUACUACCACCUGCUCUCAUGUCUAUCAUCCUCAUUGCAUUGUCAAGUGGUUGCUGAAGAGUACUACGUGCCCUAUGUGUCGCUCGAAGCUGCCUACGGGCUGA